AGAGACACUCCGUCCGUUCUCCCAUAGUCAAGCCAAGCGUGAGACAAUGAGCUUUAUGGUUCGCCGUAGAGCCGUUAGCGACCGCUGCCGCUCUCCACUUCUAACCGCCCAGCUGAUAUCGACUUCUUGCUCAGCCCCAGCCCCAGCCCAGGGUCCUCGAUAAAUCAGACAAGAAUGCCUGCUUUGGAAGAAUGACGACACUUAUUACUAUAGCCUGCUAGCGAGGCUGAUUUCCUAGGUUGCGUAAUGUGAAGAAGAUGGUCACUGGGGCCCAGUGUACACAGCUUUGCAGUUUGGUCACGCAAAGAACCUGAGUUUUGUACAACGCCUUUUUUAACAAGACAAGAGCGCAAAUUUUUAAGGUCUGCCUACAUUGUGACCACUGUUAUUUAGGUACUGCUGUCCUAAAAAUACACUUAGCCGGGGUAUUGGCUGCAGGUGGUUUAGUUGGAUAAAAACCGCUUGCCGCCUUACAAUGAAUGUAUUUGACGAAUUACAGAAGGUGUUAUUAUCGGCAUCUGUUUCCCUAUGGAAACAAAAUCAUGGGCUGUUAUUGGAAAGCGCCUUACACAGCCGAACCUGCUGAACAGGAUACCUAGAACCUCCAGCUGAAAGACUUGUUCACACUCUCCAACCUCACCUCAACACCCGAGUCUGCAUCUACAACAUAACAAAAAUGAGUUCUUUACAAGUACUUAACAUAUCCAGCAUAAUUUUCCGCUAUUCUGGUCUCGUCGCAAAUCUCAUAGCUAUCUCUUCAGCAGCUCAAGUUCCGCCAGGGAGUCCCCCGUUGCGGUAUAUACACGAUCAACUCCUUGCGAUCCAGCCGGAGCUGAUAGAUGGCCUCUUGUCCUUGCAGAAAGAAAAGCCCCUUUUGGAUGACGAAAACUUUACUGCCAUACUGAAUUGUGCGAGAGCGUGUGUAAGGGACUGUAACACUCUUCUUAAGGCUGCCAAGACAAAUCUUGAGAGAGAGACUCAAGAUGGGCAAGGGGGACAGUUCCUGCGUUUAGUUGAUCAGCUAUUCGUGCCUCCAUAUAUUAGGAGUCUCCAAGGCGCGGUCAAUGAGUACACUCGACCAAGUACUCGCUACUCGGCGAACACCAUCAUAUGCCAUUUGCAUGGCCAAUUGGAAGAGAUUGAAACCCGGUUCAAUAUCUCUCCAGGAUGCGAGGCUUUUGAAGAGCUCCAAAGGUCUACAGGCCUUGUUAACGUUCAACUCGGCCAAAUUUCUUGCGGAACAGAGGCUUGGGACGAAAUCUGUGACAGUCUGCAACACAUAUUAUCCAACCUUCACCACCUACAGACGGCACUCCCAAUGUUAUGCGCCCUCAACCAUAGCGAGAGAUCUUUUCGCUGGAGUAGGGUCUCGAAAGCUCUCGAGGGAACGUUCUCCUGGGUCUUUCGAGAACAAAGAGACGACGCUACCCAUGCUCAAUAUUCGUUGCGUCGCUGGCUCACUUCAGAUCACAGCCUUUUCUGGAUCACAGGAAAAUCAUGUUCAGGGAAAUCGACAUUGAUGAAAUUUGUUUCCGAACACCAAGAUACCCGGAAUUUACUGCAGAAAUGGGCUGGGCAUAGGGAGCUAUUGAUCGUCAAUCACUACUUUGAUGCCACGGGUCUACCAAUCCAGAGAUCGUUUGAGGGACUCCUGAGAUCCCUCGUAUUUGGAAUUCUCAGUGCAAAGCCAAGUAUCUUGAAGAACUCGCCGUCGAAUCUUGGCUCAGCAACGAGCACCCUGCCGGCAACUUUCAAAUUAGGAGACAUAUUGAGCUCCAUAGCAACGAACGAAGUUUCAGUCAACAUUUGUUUCUUUAUCGAUGGGCUGGAUGAAUAUGAGGGAGAUCAUGCUAAGCUGUGUCAACUGAUAGAAGAUUUAUCAUCUCUCCCUCAUGUCAAGGUCAUUGUCUCUAGCAGACGACUGGCUGUGUUUGAUACUUCACUCAAUAUUUCCUCUGAAGCCAAACUAUUUAUGGAAGAGGUCAAUUGGAGCGAUAUCAGCAGAUACAUCACUUUUCACUUGGAGGGAAGCCAGGUACAAAGCUAUAUGAACCGUUCGAAGUACAAGGAUAUCAGUGCUAAAGCAGAGGGAGACUUCCUCUGGGCUGUUUUGGUAACUCGUUUUCUCCUUGAGGAUCCGCCUCUCGUGCUUGAUGCCUACAACGGAGCAGAUAGUGUUGCAGGCAUCCCCAACAAUUUACCAGGCCUAGCGAAGCUUGUGACAGAAUCUUUGUCUUGUGGAAAAGCUGCUGAGUAUCUGACAAUGGCUCGCGAAGCAAAACGGUACCUAGCUGCCGAAAUCCUCUACUUUCACAACUUCGACUUUGCCAAUGAUAUGUACGCUUUCAUGACACCGAAGGAACUUUUAUCGACACGUGUCGAGAAAACAAAAGAACUACAUCACCGGAUUUAUCGUGACAUCAUACAGACGUGUGGGGGACUACUGGAAGUUGUCGAUGGACAAGUUGUCUUCGUGCAUCGAGCUGUUUUGGAAUUGAUGCAUUCUGAAGAGUUUCACAACUACUUACUUACCAAAGCUCGGAAAGGGUUCGAUUCUGACCUCUCGGUCUUCAAAGCAUCAGUUUCUUGGUUCAAGCGCAAAUGUUUCAGGAGCGGCGAAUUCGUCGACUUACAGCCCGAGCCGGCGGCGGUCACUCUAGCAUAUGUCAAGAGUCUUUCAAAGUUCCAUAGGAAAUUAGGAAGUACCUUGCCCGAUUUUCAGGAUACAUUUAAUAAGCCAGUCUACGUUUACUGGAUGACAAAGGCUGUCAACAUCCGAGGAGGCUUUCACAACGUAUGCAAGCACGAAAGAUGGCUGGAUGUUGUCAAAGACUUGGGAUAUAGCGACGAUACUGCACUAUCAGUUUCAGAUCCACUCAAGAAGCUGUAUAAGCGAUGGCUUCAUCCGUACGAAGAGCAUCUGCACCAAAAGAAGCUAGAAGAUCACGACCCUAUGAAAGAUAUUGAAGACCUUGUUGAGAGCUUGAGGAAAUGCCUUGAAUAUGCACGACGUUGCGAUCAGAAGGAAAAUAUUGUUGCCACAACUUGGGCGCUCCUUGACAAUAUUGAAGAAUCUCUGUUGUCGAUGACUGCGAGAAAUCAAUUCAACAUAUCAGACUUGUCUAUGACAAGGGGUAUUUAUCGUCAUCUUGUGAUUGAAUCUGGUAUCCAGAGAUACAUCGCGAACAAACUCUGGGUUGAUCCAGGAUAUUUUGACAACAAAUAUUCACAGAACUACCGGUCAGCUCUUUGUUCUGCGCUUGGAGCAGCACCACAUAGGCUUCAUCCCCCGCAUCUCAGUCCAGAGUCUGUCGAUAUAUCGCUCUUUAAAUCACUUCUUGCUCUUGGGCAUAAGCCAAACAAGUUUCACCAUACAGGGCAGACACCUUGGGUGUCCUUUGUGAAUACCUAUGUUCCUAACACAUUGUCCAAUUCACCCCCGAGGCUCGACAAGAUAAACAUCAAUCUGAUAAAUGAGAUAUCCAUUCUCAUGCUUGAGCAUGGGGCCAGGCCAGGAGACUAUGUGGAACUGCUGGACAAGAAAUCGAGAACGUGGAAAGUUCCAAUUUGGUUCAAGUUCCUCAUGCUGGCCCAUUGGGUACCGACUUUUCAACAGGCCAUGUCCAAACGUGUUUUCAGUAUGAUGUUAGAGAGGGCCCCAGAUAUCCCUGAUUCCAGAGCUUUACUGGAACUUAAAUCCUAUGGCGAAACAUAUGAAUGGAUUCCUUUUCCAUUAUGGGCAAUAUGUGCUGACAAUUUUGCACUGCCUAAUGUGUCCGAUUCUAGCCCAUCUGAUGCUGAUUUUGUAUUCAGGGUAUUUACAGGAGUUUGUGAAAAGAAUCUGGAUAACUUGGAAAUGUCUGAAAGGUCUCGAAAAUACCUCUCGAGUUACUUCCUCCCAGACUACCCGGAGCUUAGUAGACAAAUAUUGAUGCUCAUUCCCGGAAGCGACUCCAGGACGAUAGGUUUCACAACAAUCACCUCAGUCACGCGGGACGGAAACACAGAGAGCAUUGAGGGUCUAAAUUCUACGGCUGUGACUUCAAUUGAGCUUCCAGAAGGUAUAGAGGUUGAAUCUCCUAAAGACGGUGCAGUGUGCAAUAGUGCGAGAGCAGAGUCGGAUGCAUUCGUUGAUGAAGUUGGCUCAAUUCAGUCGAUUGGCGAGGACAUUCAGUCAAACAACAGCAGCAUUGCACGGACUCUAGGCACCAUCGCGGCUGAGCGCCACAUUGGCGACUUGCUUUCCCAGCAUCCGGAUCUCCGCUUUAUCAUUGAUAUAUCCUCAGAACUCAUGCCAAAGGAGAGGCUCGAGCGCAACAUUCGGAGAUCACUCAAGCUUUUGUAUCUUAAACUCAGAGAGCACGCGGAAAAGCACAUCGAAAUCCAGGUUUGGACAACUCGAAUGCUUAAGGGGCGAGGUUCAAGGACUAGAAUCUCAAAAAGAACUGUCGAUGGCGAGUUAGCAUCCCUACCUCCAGUGAAUAGCAAUGAAGAAGAGGAAGAAAUACGCCCAAGCUUUCGAAAAGAUCGAGCUUAUCUAAACAAUUGGAUAUUAAAAACGGAACUGGCUCCAAGGCCAGAUGAGAAGCCUCAGCAGCCAGCAGAUGAGACUGACCAUACUAAGCUGGCAGAAAGCGAUGACGAUAUUAGUGAAGAAAUACAGAGUGAUUCUGAAGAAUUUCAUGCAGUUCAAGUCGCAGAAGAAUUUCUCAUGAAGGGUCCUCCUUUCCAGGCGUUCUUGGGACACCUUGGACUCUCAUUGUUACCUGAUGCUCUCAAGCAGGUCAUGCAAUUAGCUACGUGGGAUACCAUUGAGCUGAUUGAUACUCCGGCAGAAGUCUCACUUUCUGAUCAAAUCAAGACUUCUGUGGAAAAGCUGACCGGCAGCCCCUGGGAUUGGUGGCCACUCAGACCGCCGGAGGUACCUUUGCGAAGGGGAUACGUACGAAUGAACUGGGCUUGUGUGAGUUAUAACGAGCAUACAUGACUUUCAAUGCAACCUCCUGACCAGAAAUAGCAUUGCGGCAAGCCGUUUUGGGUAGACAUUACUCCCUCUCAAGCACGAAUUAUUAAGAGAAUGACCCAGAACCCUACCACGUUUGCUGAAGACCACCACAAAGUCACCCAUACCAAGCGUAAUGCCUUCCAAAGGGUCACAGCAUGGUUUAAAUGGAACUCUGGAGCCAUUUUACCUGUCUCGACGCCAACAUCCCAAGGUAGUCAACAGUCGUCUGGUGUGGGUGGCAACAACCGAGUUCAACAGGGGGUGGCUAUUGCAGAGCAGAACAACAUCCCGCCUGUGACUAUUGAUGAUCUGAGGAUCUUAUUUGGAGUACCCAUGGGACUUAAGACGCUACAUGUGAUCCCGAUCCCGGUCAAUCAACCAGACAGCAACGUUUUUCCACAACUGAAGGCUGAGUAUAGAAGAAUGCGUGGCCGAUGGAGAGCUUGGUUCUCUUUCUGGCAGCUCAGUCACUGCAAUUUUGUCAAGUUUGAAAGCAUUGCCCGCAACAUUGUUGUCGCGUGCGGUCAAGAUCUGCCAAAGGCUAGCGACUUGGACUACGAUUACACGCCAAAACCACCCCAAGCAUCAAUACCACCUGUUCAUCCACAUAUCUUUGAAGCUGCAUUCAAUAGCUGCACUGGUGGCAAAUGCCGAAACCUCUCUCCUUUUCACAACUGCUAUGAGUUCGAAGAAACGACUUACAUAAAGAGAAUUCCGAAGAAGAAGACACCACUUUCACCAGGAAGCAUUGAUAUUCCUAUCUGGGGUCUCGAAGCCCGGCAUUGCAUCUCGUGCUUUCAUGUUAUUGUAUACCACUUGCUUAUUCUCAUUCCUCCCUUUGUGCUGUGGGGAUGGUGGAUGAUCAGGCAUCCUGAUGAUAUACAGAGCGCAUCUGUUCCGAUGACUGUUGUUUUGGCAAUGAUUUCUAUGUUUUGGAGUGCUACUGGAAUUAUGAAGCAAUUUCGUGGCGAGCCAUAGUUCUAUGGGUGGUCAUAGAUUUGUUUUAUGUCAGAGAUCUGCAGGAAAUAGAAAAAGCUGGUAUUAAACAGAACGGAAGAAAAGAGAUUUAUUAUAUGCCAUCUGUUGUUUCCUCU